CGGUCGUCACUUUACACCGGAUGAUUACAACCACGAUACCGUGCUAAUGCAACGGUUUGGAGGCAGCACGAAGAAUUUUCACCUCAGAGGCGAGGCCCUACCGUCUUUGUUCCUUCCCGUUGCAAAGGGUCAUACACCACCUCGGGAAAGCGUGACAGAUCGUGUCGAUGUAUUGAAAACCUCCGCCAGCCAGACAGCCACAAGAAAAACCACAAGAACAGUGGAAACCCAGACGACACCAGAAUGCCAGUCUGUUGCCACGCAGGUGCAAAUGACCAUGAAAAUCAUGGUUUCCACAGCGACACAGACGAAGCAUCCCUCCACCACACAAAGUGCAGUGCUGAAUCAGCGUGAAGCUGCAUGCCCUGAAGCCCAAAGAGACACUGCAAUACAAGUCACCCCACUACCAUUGCUCCCAGCAGACUUCAGACCUCUCCGUGGUUCAACGCCUGUGCCAAUGGAGAUGGAUGACUCUUGUGCAGGUGAUGAAGACGAGCCAGCAGCUCAAGAAGACACCAGCUAUGUGCCAUCAUUCAGCGAGAGCUUCUUCAGUGCUCACCAUGAGAGUUCAGAAGUCCCCACAAGGGUAGAAGAGCCCUUGCACACUGAACGAAAGUUCAUUGUCUUUGAGAGCUGCCUGCGGGAAUUGCUCACCACCUGCAAGGUCUGUGGCCAAGCAGUAGGCGACAUCAGCUCCAAGGUUGUGGGCACUUUGCUCAUAGUGGAGGGCAUGUGUGACAAAGAACACAUGCUCCAGUGGAGGAGCCAGCCACUUGUUCGUGGGAGUGGAGCUGGAAACAUUCUUCUGGCAGCAGGAGUGCUAUUUUCUGGCUGUGCAGUGGCUGCGACCUUGAGGUGCCUAAAUUCUAUCGGCGUGCAGACCAUCACAGAACGGACCUUCUACAACUACCAGAGGGCCUACUUGCUGCCUGCCAUAAACGAGCUUUUCCACCGUAAGCAAGCUGAAAUGGCCAGUGAGCUUGCUGGCUUGCAAGUCGACCUGGCAGGUGACGGGCGCUGUGACUCUCCAGGCUACAGUGCCAAGUACAUGACAUACAGUGUGCUUUCUAUGCAGAAUGGCUGCAUUUUGCACACAGAACAAGUGCAAGUUGGAGAGUCGCCUGAAGUCCCUAACAGUGUUUCUAUGGAAAAACAAGGGCUUGCCAAGUGCUUGAUGGGUGUCGAGAAGCUGGGCAUCAGGAUACGUUCGCUGACAACAGACCGACAUCCUGGUGUCAACCGGUACUGCCGCGUGGAGAAGCCAGAGAUUAAGCACUGGUUUGAUACUUGGCAUGUUGCUAAAGGUCUGAAAAAAAAGCUCCUGGCUGCUAGCCGCACACAUCAAGUUAUCACACCUUGGAUCCAAAGCAUCCUAAACCACCUCUACUGGGUGGCUGCCAUGGGCCAAGGUGAUGGUGAGCUUGUCAUCAGCAUGUGGAGAAGCCUGCUCAACCACGUGUGCAACAAACACGAUGGCCAUGAUGGGCCCUACAAAAAAUGCCUCCAUGACUCCCUUGACGACAGGGAAUGGUUGAGACCAGCAUCACCUGCAUUUCUUCGUCUCAAAACCAUUGUCGACAAUGCGAGACUACUGAAGGAUAUCCGCCGGCUCUCUCCUGAGGUGCAAACGUUUUCAUUGGAGUCCUUCCACAGCGUGCUGAAUCGGUUUGCUCCAAAGUCCAAUGCCUUCUCAGUGGACGGAAUGCAAGAGAGAACGAGGCUCGCUGUGCUGCACUUCAACGAGAAUGCUGCACGGCACCAAGCACUCACUCAGGAUGGAGAGCAGCGGUGGAAGAUUAAAUCUUCCAAGGCAAGGCGAGGCCACUUCACUGUGACUACAGUGAAAGAGGACCCAAGCUACGGUAUGUAACAUUUCUGGACAGAUUGUAACAUACCAACACGUGUGCACGAAAUUCUUGCCAACCAUAGGGCAAUUACCCUGCAGUGCGAUAUUUUUGGCAUUUUUGCUGUUUUGUAAAGCUCUAGUUUCGUCAACGAAUGUUUUAAUAAACCGUGGGGUAUUAUGCCCUGCGGCGGCAUUUUUAAUGACCUUAGCAGGAAACCAAUGAAACUAUAAAGAUGUGCCAAAUCUGGCAAAAUCGUACUCACAGGAACUGAGAAUAUAACAGUUAACCUCUACAU